AACCGUAAAUACUCGAACUCUUCAUGCAAAUGACUACUUUCCAAAGAGGCUGGUGAGAUCCAGUGGUCUGAUCUCAUCAGUUUCCGGAGGGAGUUCAACUGGAACAAGCCAAACAGUUUACCAUGAUUGGAAAAUUAAUUUUGCUAUCAAUCGUUCAAAAUUUGCUGGCUCAAGAUAUUGUUUUCCCGGGGGCUGAACUCGAAGCAUUGAAAAAUCAAAAUGUUUCCAAAACUUCUGAUUGUCCCCUGAACAUGGUGUACAUCCCAGAGGAAAAAAUGUGCGAAUGCGAGACAGGAUUUCUGUACUACACUCCGAGCGAUGGUUGCUAUGUGCCCUACCAAAGAGGUCCCUGUUCCAUUGGUGAGCACCUAAUUCUGCCGAGGGGAUCGGCAAUGGCCCAGUGCCUGACCAACCCCUGUGGCACCAACGGCACCGUCCCCUAUCAAAACACCUGCGUUCACCUGCUGAGCCCUGGUCCACCUUGCACUGAAGAACAAGCGGUGAUUGUGGACGAAAGCACUUACCAAUUAUCAUGCCAGAAUGUUAGUACUGCUGUCUACCAGAUCAUCACGGCGCCUCUUAGAAAAUGCAUGCGCGGCUCGAGGAGAGUAGCCGGUGGAAAGUGCCGAGUGAUUCUUUAAAACAACUGACCAGCCUCGAAGCAUCAUCGACCAAAAUAGUCACUCACUACCGGAAAAUUACAGACUUUGUAAUCUACUGAAUCAUUUUGCCAAUUUUGUUUUUAACGUUCAAGUUUUUUUCAUUCAAAUUGUACAGGGGAUCGUCAGGAACGAGUUGGACUGGAGCCAAUUUGAAUGAGACGAAACGGGCUUUUUUCAUUGAUAUACUGAGCAGAUGGAAUUAAAUGAAUAUGUAUCCUCGCUUUUCACAAA